AUGGACACAGUGGAGACUCGAUUGCUGCAGCCUAUCCGGGAGCUCACGAAAAACUGGGACAUUGAUGUGGCCUCGGAGUUGGCAGAUUAUCUAGAGGAGUUGGAUGAGAUGUGCAUCUCGUUCGACUGGGGCAAAACCACUCUUAACUUUGCAGAGGCAGCGCUGCUCAUACAAGGCUCAGCAUGCAUUUACAGCAAGAAGGUGGAGCAUUUGUACAACCUGGUGUACCAAACUCUGGACUACAUCAAUGACAGAAACAAGAAGAAAGAUAAACGAGCAGUGACAUCUGGAGAGGAUGGCACGGAGCUGACAUCUGGGGGCGGUGAGUUGGGCGAGGAUGGAAUAGAGGCCAACACUAAUGUGGACGUGGCCCCUCUUCCCUCAGAGUCUCUGAUUCCUCCUGAGGCGUUUGAGAAACAGAAGCUGCUUCUCAUUAGUCUGAAAGGAGAGGUGCUGGGCAGCUGUAAGGACUUCAGGAUGAACACGUUCACUCCGGACUCCCUGGGUAUCAUCCGCCUCUUCCUGGCCUCCUCUCAGUCCCACUUCCUCAGGGACGCCCUGUCUGACGCACCCCUGGUCCCCGUCACCCUGUUCGGGCACCAAGAUGACGCAGAGCUUGCAGCAGGGGAUGCCAUGUCGGGCGUUGCCGGGGACGAUGGUGCUGAUGCCGGUUCGGAGAACUUCCUGACCCUGGAGGACAACGGGAUGGAGAUGGACCAGGGACCUGAGGAACAUAUUGACAGACACCAGGCCCCCAGUGAAGGGAGGCUGUUGAGGGAGAGGGGAGGAGUCCAGCAGCUCUCUGAGGAGGAGCAGAAGAAACAGAGGAAGGAGGAGGUAAACAUGUGGAUGUUACAUGACCUUUAUGAUACAGUCGGUGAGGACAAGCCUCUGAAAACAGGAAAAUGUUAUAAGGUUCCUCCGGGUUUGGAUGAUUCUGGGAAGCGGAAAAGGAAAGGCCUCUCUGCGCUGCAAGACUUCUGGACCUGGUACACUGGCACCUAUGACCCCCGUGAACCCAGGCUAAAGAAUGGACCCACGUAUACAGACUUGAAGUACAUCUAUAUGAGUCAAAUGAAAGACAAGCUGAAGACCCGGAAGAGGAUUCUUGGAAAAACAGGUGUGUUUGUGUCUGACGAGGAGCUGAGAAGGACGUACCUGCAGCUGGACGAGAGAGAAGAGAGGGAGGAGGAGUUAGAGGGCCUCAGACACCACGACCUGCUAGGCCUGCUCGAUGACCUCUCUGACAACGAACAUGACCCUUUGACUGAUGAAGCCCCGGCCGACUUCCUGAGUGGACAGGACUUCGUACCAGGGGCAGACAUGGACGGACUGAGUUACGAAGACCUGGUGAAGAAGAGUGUGGAGCAGUUCCUAGUGAACUCCCAGGGUUAUGCCCAGGAGACGGCGCUGUCGAAAAGAGUGAAGGAAUGGGAGGAUAAAAUACGACCGGAACUCACCUAUCAGGAGGUGCGUGCUACCUUUGACAUCCAUGACUAUGGGGACAGGAUCGUAGCAGCUUUGAGCAGUGUGGGCCAGAGGAGGACCUUCUCCUCUAUAGUCCACGGCAUGGACAACUUCGAGGCCUGCAAGUACAUGCUGGCUUCCCUUCAACUGGCCAACGACUACACACUGGAGAUCGACAGGAGUGAGGGUCUCGAGGAAAGCAUCGACACCAUGGGACUCACUCUGCUCAGCAAACACCGGGCCAACCAACGAUUCAAGAAAGCCCCUGCAGCAACCUCUGACCCUAUAUGACCCAGACAUCUCCUGAUCCUGUGUGUGUGUGUGCUCUUGCCUCCUACUGACUCCGUGGGGGACUAGAGACCCAUUACUCUGAAACGUGGUACGCACUCCUGUGUGUGACGCCACUUGUGCCUACUGGACCACUGGUACUGACCUGCUCUAUCAACAACCUGGCUGCACCUAUUCUCUCCUCACGUACUUGCUCUUUAAUUUCAACCCCCUGUCUAUUGUUUGAUCUUUGGUGUCUCUGUCCUCUAUGUCUUGUCUGUGUGUAUCAUGUCUGUUUAUUCCUCUGGUUCUGUCAAGAGAAAUAAUCUCUCUUUACCUCAUUCACCUGCAUCUACACAAUAUAUUUACCAGAUGUGGCACUCAGGGUCAGUCAACACUACCAACAUACCCUAAGAAUUAUCACCCUGUUCACAAUGUUUGCCCCUGUAUCCAUGACAAUUCUAUACGUUGGUUUUUAUUUGCAUAUUUGUCCAAGUGGUGUAGAACUCAUACAU